AUGACGGACAAACUUCCUCCCAAUCUCCUUGCUCUGUUCCAACCCCGACCUCCCCUCCGCUACAUUCCCCCUCAAGACACCGCGCCGGACGAGAAAGCCCUCAAGCAAUCACAGCUAUCUGGCAUAGCCGCGUAUCUUCCGCAGCUAGAGGAGUACAAGGCGACCGACGUGUAUGAAGCAACCGAGUCUUGGCUGCAACAGCGCGAUCGCAAGAGACUCGAGAAGAAGUUGCGCCAGCAAGAGAUUGAGCAACCCGAUUUUCAGGGCUACAGACCAAACGAUGACCCCAAGAUUAAAGGUGAUGCGGUCAAGACACUGUUUGUGGGCCGUUUGAGUUACGACGUGAAAGAAGCAGACUUGGAGCGUGAGUUUGGCAGGUUUGGUCCGAUCGAGAGGAUCAGGAUCGUCAAGGAUGAGACAACACCCAAACCCAAAAAGCCACAUAGAGGUUACGCCUUCAUUGUCUAUGAGAGAGAAAAGGAUAUGAGAGGUACUUUCUUCUAUGCAAACCCCUCUGCCCGAGACCCUUCACUCCAAGCCAAAGAUCCAGUGGUAAGAUGUCAUGGUACUGACCUCGAACUUCCUUACAAUUUAACAGCUGCGUACAAAGAAACAGACGGCCUACGGAUUAAGGACAGAAGAGUCGUUGUCGAUGUUGAACGUGGCCGUAUGGUCCCAGGUUGGAGACCGAGAAGAUUCGGCGGAGGUCUUGGUGGACGAGGAUAUACCAAGCAAGCUCCUGCAAAGCCUACAUUCGGACCCCCGGGUGGGUAUGGCGGCGGAUUCAGAGGGGGCUUUGGCGGUCGUGGUGGAGGCUUCCGCGGUGGGUUUCGUGGCGACCGAGGAGGCUUUGGUGGGCGAGGUGGUAUUGGCUACCAGGGCGGAGGAGGCUUCGGCGGACGACAAGGCUACCAGAAUGGACCUCCUCCUCCCAACGCGCCCAGCGGACCCGGUGGGAGAGGUGGUUAUGGCGGAGGCUAUGACGAUCGACGGAAUGGGUAUGGUGGAGGAAGGGAUCAACGCGGCGCGACUGGCAGCAAUACCGACCCCCUCGGAGGACGAGAUCGUGGAUAUGACAACCGAGACCGAGACCGUGACCGAGAUCGAGACCGAGAAAGAGACCGCGAUCGAGACCGAGACCGUGAUCGAUACGGAAGCAGCAGACGUGAAGACGACUACGGCUCGAGAAAACGAUACCACGAAAGUGACGGGUACGAUGAUCCCAGACAACGCAGAAGGUAUUGA